AAAUGAUGUAAUCGCUUACAACAAGCAAACCCAUACCAGCUGUCAGCAAAGUUUUGUCGAAUUCUACUGAUAGUAGAGAAUCCAAGUCUGAAAUGGUUGAAGGCGGAAAUGGUUUUUCACAAUCACAUCUGCAUGUGAAGACUCAACGAAGUGCUUCGGGUAAAAAGGCUAAAGUCAGUGCUAAUGCUGCAAACUCCCUCACAGCUGAAGUGCAAGCCAAUCGAUUGCCAGUGUCAUCUACCAAACACAAAAAAGUAGUCGAAGGUUCUUCCAAUGCACGGUUUGAAGCAGUUCAGGGGAAACUUAAUGAGUUGCUGGAUCUUAAUGGGGGAAUAAGCAAAAGAAAAGAUGCCACCAAAGGCUACUUGAAACUUUUGCUUCUCACCGUGGCUUCAGGUGAUAGAAUUAAUGGUGAAGCAAUUCAGAGCAAUCGAGAUCUUUCCAUGAUCCUUGACGCUCUUCUGAAAACAAAAUCUAGAGCCGUGCUGAAUGAUGUAAUUAGUAAAAAUGGCUUACAUAUGUUGCAUAAGAUCAUGAAGCAGUACAGGCAAGACUUCAAAAAAAUUCCAAUACUUCGAAAGCUUCUUAAGGUCUUGGAGUAUCUGGCAGCAGGCAAGGUUUUGACACCGGAACAUAUCAAGAGCGGCCCUCCUUGCCGUGGAAUGGAGAGUUUUAGGGAAUCAAUGUUGUCUCUGACAGAGCACGAUGACAAACAGGUCCAUCAAAUUGCUCGAAGCUUCCGAGACAGAUGGAUUCCAAGACAUGGCAGAAAACGUGGCUAUAUGGACAGGGAUGAUAAUAGGGAAUCUCACAGAAAUUUCAACUGUAAUAGAUUUUCAGCAUCUCAUAAUCAUAGGCAAGAACAGCGAUUAAGACCUAAGGAAGCAAUUGAUUGUGGUCAGCAGUCAAAGCCUGUGACAACUUCAACUUCAACUUCAGUAGAUGCUGGUGCCCCGGAGAGUUGCUCUACACUAUCUUUGAAUGGAGUUGAAAUCAAAGGGGAGAAAAAAUGCAAGCGCAAGAGCCGAUGGGAUCAACCGGCCGAAACAAAUUCAUAUUCUGAUGCUGUUAUUGGCUCCACCAAUGAAAGUCGGAGCAUUAAUGAAGAAAUUCCACCAGGGUUUUCAUGUCCAAUACGGUCAUUAAACAGUACAACGGAACUCAUGGUCUGUUGCCCAGCUAACGGAACUCCUCCGCAUGUCAGCCAACUCAGUCUUGUGAAGAUGCCCAUCACAAGCUUGUAAUGCAGUCAAUAAUCC